AUGGCCUUCCAAGGUGUCUUGUUGCAGCUUCUCGAGUCCAAGAAUGAGGCAAAUCUGUUUCAUGUCGUAGCACCUACUGCUGAGUUGAUAUUAUCUCAACAUUCUAUGUCCAGAUAUGCGACAUGCUUGACCACGUCAAGUCACCACCAGUUUGUAAUUGUCGAUGCUGUCAGUCGUAAAUUACUUCAAGUGACACAAUUAGCAAGAAUGACACUUUUGAAGCAAGAAAAGUCGGUUUUAUGGGGCACAACAGCUUCAUUUGGAUCAUCAGACGCUUGUACAGUAGAUAAUGGACCUAUGAAGAGCGGGAUUGACGUUUUGAAGGCAUCAGCUGUUCAAACAAAUGAGUUUCAAGAAGUGACGGAAAACGUCGAAUUUUUGUCGACGAGAAUUUGCUAUUGCUUUCACUUUCGAUCGGACUUUGAGUAUGAAAUGUUUGCGCAAACAUUGGAGGCUUUUACACGCAUGCAACAGUAUAUGCUACUGCAUAGUUCUGUGAAGAUGGAGAUGGAGAUUAGUCACGAGUACAAGAAGAAAAAAGCAAAAGAGGACGUGAGGCUACAAAAUGCAGCAAACGAGACCCAGAAACGACGUAAGCUGCUUCCGACGACAAAAAAGGAGGAAAAAGAGAAGAAGAGGGAGGAGAAAGAGAAAAAGAAGAAGGAAAAGCAGCAAGUGGUGCCGACACAGAUGAAAGCCAAAGUCGAGGCAAAGGGUGUACUUGUGACACCGCCCAGUAAAAUGCUGUGUGUAUUGUGUCGCAUACAGAAGAAGCCUGACGCGCCGGAGUAUCCGAAACACCCGUUCGUACUCAAGGAUGGCAAGGGUGAAAUGGUUCAUAUCUGCAAGGUGUGCUUGCAGCGGGUGCUAAAACAGCAUGUGGCAAUGCAGGCUAGUGCAAAGAAGGGCGCUCGAGACAACAUCUGUGGGCUAUGCGCUCAAUCGAUGGAAAAGGUGUCUGAAAAGUCGGUCAAGGUCUGCGCACACGAAGUUUGUCCGCGUGUGUACUGCAUACCCUGUAUUGACAAGCUGAUCGGCAAGGCGCGGGCACACAAAGUGUGGCGGACCAAGAACUGGCUGUGCCCAAACUGCUCCACAGACGAUGACAGUGUUCCUGCCGGGUGCCCUGAGAAGGAAAAUGGAGCUGGAUAUGUGUCAGUGGAGAUUGUCGCAGCAGGUCCAGCACCUAAGCAGAAGAAGCGUAAGCGACACAAAGAAAUGGAAGAAAACAGCACCGCAGAUGAAGACGGGCUAUCAAAAGCUCUUAUAUCAGUUAGCUCAGCCUCAGAGAUGAAACUGAUUGAUUAUGCCGCGACAUAUUUCAAGUUCUUGUUGAAGCGUGAGAGAAAGGAUGAGUUCGAGGAAUCAGAAGAUGUGUGCUUUUGCUGUAAGGAUGGCGGAGAUUUGAUCGAAUGUGAUUGGAAUGGGACCAAAGGCACUUUUAAGCGCUGUCCAAAAGUGUACCAUGAAGACUGCUUGGGUUAUAAAGUGCCAGAGGGCAAGACUUGGGUAUGCCCGCGUCAUCGCUGCCAGGACUGCGGCAUCAUUGCUCAGUAUUCUUGCCGUUUCUGCGUCACAUCAUAUUGCAAGGGCCACUUGCCGAAAGAUGUCAAAAAGCUUGGCCGCGCGACAAAAGACAUUCCCACUUCAACCUACGUAAUGUGCCCCAGGUGCGACCAGCAAGCCAAAGACGCUGCUAAGCAAAAGAAAAUUGGGCCGGAUUUCCACUCCAAGCUCUUCCGACGUCGAGCUGGCAAACGUUAA